AUGCAAUAUAUUGAUUAAGGAAGUGCUCUUUCUAACAAAAAUGUUCCAGGAAGAAGAUUACAAAAAAAGAACUCCCUCUUUUAUUAAGUAAGACUAUUGUAAAUAACAUAGCAAUCCGUAUUAGAAAAUGAAGAAUUCACACAACGCUACCAAAAAAAUGUCGAUGAAUUACAAGUAUUUAAGGAUGAUGCUUAUCUUGAACCACAUAAAUAGCACUUCUAAGUAAGAAAUGCAAAAUUCUUUGAAUUACUUGAAUAGAUAGUCAAAGUAGAAUCAUCUUUAAAAGAUUUUGCCAAGGGGUAACUGGAUCUAUAAAUAUUAGAUACGAAAAAUAUGGGUUUUUGAUCUCUGACACUGGGAUUACAUAUAAAGAAUGGGCUCCUGGAGCUAAAGAAGUAUAUUUAACAGGUGAUUUCAAUAAUUGGGAUAAAAUGCAAUAUUCUCUAACUUCAGAUUCUUUUGGAAAUUGGGAAAUAUUUUUACCAAGAAAUGAAGAUGGUUCAUAUUUGAUUCCACAUGGUUCACGAGUCAAAACAUACAUAAAGGAUGCUAAUAAUCAAUAUUAAUACAGAAUCCCAGCUUGGAUUAGAACUACUUGGUAGAAUCAAGAGAAUAAAGUAUUUAAUCAAUAAUAAUAUAUUUAAGUUAUAUGACGGAGUAUUCUACAAUCCAGAAAACAAAUAUGAAUUUAAGAAUAACAGACCACCAAAGCCUAGAUGUUUAAAAAUAUAUGAAGUACAUAUAGGAAUGGCUGGUAUUGAACCAAGAGUACAUACUUUCAAAGAAUUCACAUAAACAGUUUUGCCAAGAGUUGUUAAAUUAGGAUAUAAUGUGAUUUAAAUAAUGGCUAUAUAAGAACAUGCUUAUUAUGGAAGCUUUGGAUACCAUGUUACCAACUUCUUUGCUGUCAGCAGUAGAUUUGGUACUCCAGAUGACUUAAAAGAGUUGAUUGACACAGCACAUUCUCAUGGAAUUACUGUAUUAAUGGAUUUGGUUCAUAGUCAUGCAUCAAGUAAUGUUUUAGAUGGUAUUAAUUAAUGGGAUGGUACUGAUUAUUAAUAUUUCCAUGCUGGUGGUAAGGGUAAACAUGAAUUAUGGGAUUCUAAAUUAUUUGAUUAUUCUAAAUGGGAAGUGAUAAGAUUUCUAUUAUCAAAUUUAUCAUGGUGGAUUAAUGAAUAUUAAUUUGAUGGAUUUAGAUUUGAUGGUGUUACAUCUAUGUUAUAUGUUCAUCAUGGAAAUGGUUAUGGUUUCACUGGAGGAUAUCAUGAAUACUUUAAUGAAUUAGCUGAUAUGGAUUCAUUAGUAUAUUUGAUGUUGGCAAAUGAUCUCAUACAUGAAAUUAAUCCUAAUGCAAUUACUAUAGCAGAAGAUGUGUCUGGUUAUCCAACAUUAUGUCGUAACAUUAAAGAGGGGGGAAUUGGAUUUGAUUAUAGAAUGGCAAUGGCUGUUCCUGAUAAAUGGAUUAAAUUACUUAAGGAAUUUAAAGAUGAUGAUUGGGAUAUGGGGGAUAUCACACAUACACUUACUAAUAGACGUUAUUUAGAAAAAUGCAUUUGUUAUGCUGAAUCUCAUGACUAGGCAUUAGUGGGAGAUAAGACUCUCUCCAUGUGGCUCUUUGAUAAGGAAAUUUAUAGUGAAAUGAGUACCAUUUAGCCAGAAACCCUAGUUACUUUUAGAGGAAUGGCAUUACAUAAGAUGUUGAGAUUGAUUACAUUUGCAUUAGGUGGAGAAGGAUACUUAAAUUUCAUGGGGAAUGAGUUUGGACAUCCUGAAUGGAUUGAUUUUCCAAGAGAAGGUAAUGGAUGGAGUUAUCAUCAUGCAAGAAGAAGAUGGGAUUUAGCUGAUGACUAAUUAUUAAGAUAUUCUAGACUCUUAUAAUUUGAUACUGAAAUGAUUAACCUUGAAGAUAAAUAUCCAUGGUUACCUAAUGGCGAAUAGUGGGUAACUGAAAAACAUAAUGAAAUUAAAGUUAUUGUAUUUGAAAGAGGAUCUCUACUCUUUGUAUUUAAUUUCCAUCCUACUUAAGUAUUAUGUGUUAUUUGAUAAUUAGUCAUAUGAACAUUUUAAGGUUGGCACUAAAUUUGAAUCAGAUCAUAGAAUCGUUUUAGAUACUGAUGAUGUUAGAUUUGGAGGACAUUCAAGAGUAUCACCAUCUUAUGAUCACAAUUUCCCAAUAAUAAAGGAAGAAUGGCAAGGGAGACCUAAUCAUAUCAAAAUAUAUUUACCAAAUAGAUGUGCUAUUGUUUUUAAAUCAAUUGAGUGAUUUUUUGUUUUAAAAAGACAUGCAUAUAACGAUUAAUUUAAUUUUAAAAUGUAUUCACUAUAGAAAUUAGUUCCAAAUAGUAAAUUACAAAUUAAGCCUGGUGCAUUCUCUCAACAUCAAAAAUUAAAUUAAAGUGUUGAUGGUGUAUUGCCUGUAAAUUAAUAAUCUUUACAGCAACUACAAACAUAGAUAUAAAUAUUAACAAAAAAAGAACCUAUUCGCUAAUAAAAUAAGAAAUAAGAAUUACUAUAGAUAUUAGAGAAUGCUUAAGCAAACUAAAAAUAAACUAAAUCAAUGUCACCUAAAAGAACACCUUAGAAAUAGAAGAGUAACAGAAAAUUGAAUUUUAAUUAAAUCACAGAUCAAGAUAAUAUAUUUUUGAAUUCUAGUAAUGCAAUGGCAAAUAUGAUUAUUGAAAACAUCUUAAAUAAAGAUGAAUAUUAUGAGAAAAUCAAAUUAGAGAAUUAAGAACUCAAAGAUUAAUCCUCAAAAUUGUAAGUUAGUAUAGGAGAUCUAAAAAAGAAAAUAACAACUUUAGAACGUUAGAAUAAAGAAAUUAAUAGUAAUUUAAGUAAUGAACGUCAAACUUAUUAAAAUGAGUUAAUAAAAAUAAAUGAGAAAAUUUAAUCAAUGAAAACUAUGUAAUAAAAUUUAUAGAUGGAAUAAAAGAAAAAUGAAUUGCUCACAAAAUAAUUGUAAGAUUAAAUUAAUAUUAAUAAUGGUUUAAAAUCUUUUAUUUGUGAAAAUUGUUUAUUAAGUAUAGAAUUCUUAACAUUCUUUUAAAAAUCAGUGUAAACUUUUUAACCACAUUUAAGUAAUGCAUAUGAUAUUUUAAUUUAAUUAUCCAAGCAUUCAACAUCCUUUAUUUUUGAAUUUAUUUCUAAAACACAGAAUUUAAAUUUACCUGCAUUAAGAAAUUGUUUACUUCCAGAAGAAUUUGAUGUGAAUGGAUUUUUUGAGACAUUAGAAGAAUUAAAAUUGAAUGAAUCUCCAGAAUUAUCAUUUCGAAAUAAAAAUAAUAAUCUUAUAAAAAAGAAUAUUCAUGGAAAUAAUAAUAAUAAUAUACCAAUAGGUGAUGUACCAAAAUAAAAUAAAAAUACAUCUUUAUAAGAAUAAUUUAAUUCAUUCCUUGAAUCAAGUGAACCAUUCUCAGAUUCAUAAUUAGGUAGUCCUUAUUUCACAGAUUUAGAAACUGUUGAUAAAUAAAGACCUAUUAGUAAAGAAAAACAAAGAAAUUAGAUGCCAUUAUAAAUGAAUGCUGCUAAAAGAAUCAAACCUGAAAUUAAUUAAGCUCCUCAUUAUUUUUAAUCAUUUAAAUAAGAUGAAAAUGAACCAACUGUUUUUGAUUCUCUAAUGAAAGAAGCACCCACAAAUAAAGAUCGAUGUUCAUCUGUUCAUAGUUUAAGAUAUUUAGAUUAAUAAAUUUAAAAAGAGUAAGACAAAUCAACAAAAAGAAACAAAGAAAAUUAAUAAAAUAAUUGCCAAUUUGUAAUAGCUAAAUAUGAUUAUAAAGCUUAAAAAGUAUAUGAAUAUUAUAAUAUUAAUAGGAUAUUGAUUUGAGUUUCAAGAAGGGAGAUUAAAUUAAAUUAUUAAAAAAGACAACAAAUGGAUGGUGGUAUGGUGAAGAUAAGAAUUAAGUCAAAGGAUACUUUCCACAUAAUUUUGUUCAAUUAUUAGGAUGA